AUGAGUCAGGUACCGUCACGACUCCUGCCCCCGCCAUCGCCCAUGAACGCAGAUGAAAUCGAUGGCAUCAUCCAUGGUCGAAGACAUCGGUCGAGGCUGCCGUUACCUUCCAGAGGUACACGACGCCGCGAACCUAGACUUGCUACACCCGCAGAAGCACUCGCUAGAGCCGAAGAACGAAACGAUGCAAACACUGAACAGGAAGCAACCGAGGCCUUGAUCGAUACCACGACAGCAGCAGCUCCAAACCUGUCUGUAUCCUGGGCUAGGCGUACUUCCCUCGAGGUCUCAUCAGUCCCCGACCCCUACACCUGGAAGUGGCUCCAACUCCUGUCACCCUGGUUCCUCUCGAAGCGUGUCGUCGCCUACGUUAGCAGCUUCUUCGACUCCCAGCCCGCCAUCAUUGAAUACUCGAGUGCUGAGAUCGUAGAGAGGACCUCCAUCUACAUCAGGGCUGAGUUGUCUCCGCAUGUCAGUCUCGAUGACGAGCAAAAGCUUCGCAUCGUGGCUGCGGUCAAGAAUGGAGAUGACCCUGCAAUUACCGUUGAGCUUGCGGCUUGCCCGAAACGUGUCAAGGAGUUGUUGGUCGAGGCAGGUAUGGAGUCCUUGACCGAUGACUUGUAUAAGAAGAGCAUUUGCAAGGCUAUGGGGAUAUGGAGGUGUGCUAGGGACCGAGGGGAGUUUGGGGCUGCUGGCACUGCAGAGUAG